UCCUAAAUAGUGACGUAUGUAAACACGUCACAACCCAUUAUAUAAGAUAUCCAAAAAAUCCCACCCAUGAUACAAGCUAUAUAUAGACGAUAUGUACAGUCUGCUAAAACCAUUCAACACGACACCAAAACAUCACUUCAAGAUCUCUAGCUCAUUUCACAUAAUUAGUUUUCUUUAGUUUCUGAGAACAUCUCAUUUUCUUUUCGACCAAAGUCAAACAUGGGUAGUGAUCAUCCUCCUCGUAAGCUCCAUGUUAUGUUCUUCCCUUUCAUGGCUCAUGGCCAUAUGAUACCAACUGUAGACAUGGCUAAGCUUUUCUCUAGCAGAGGAGCCAAAUCCACAAUCCUUACCACACCUCUCAACGCCAAGAUCCUCCAAAAACCAAUCGACGCUUUCAAGAACCUGAAUCCGGGUCUCGAAAUCGACAUCCAGAUCUUCGACUUCCCUUGCGUGCAGCUCGGGUUACCAGAAGGAUGCGAAAACGCUGAUUUCUUCACCUCAGACAACAAUGUUGAUAGACAAGAUAUGACCUUAAAAUUCUUUAUGUCGACAAGGUUUCUCAAAGACCAGCUUGAGAAGCUCCUCCAGACAACGAGGCCGGAUUGUCUUAUCGCCGACAUGUUCUUCCCCUGGGCUACAAAAGCUGCUGAGAAGUUCAAUGUGCCAAGACUUGUGUUCCACGGCACAGGCUACUUCUCUUUAUGCUCUGAUUAUUGCAUCAGAGUGCAUAACCCACAAAACACAGUAGCUUCGAGUUGUGAGCCUUUUGUGAUCCCUGAUCUCCCCGGGAACAUAGUGAUCACUAAAGACCAGAUCGGAGACCGUCAUGGAGAAAGCGAGAUGGGGAAGUUUAUGGCUGAGGUUAGGGCAUCGGAAGUGAAGAGCUCAGGAGUUGUUGUGAAUAGUUUUUACGAGCUUGAACCGGAGUACGCCCAUUUUUACAAAAGUUUUGUACAAAAGAGAUCUUGGCAUAUUGGUCCACUCUCUCUUUACAGCAGAGGAUUUGAGGAGAAGGCUGAGAGAGGAAAGAAAGCGAGCAUUGACGAGGUAGAAUGCCUGAAAUGGCUCGACUCCAAGGAACCAGAUUCAGUCAUUUACAUUUCCUUUGGGAGUGUGGCUUGCUUCAAGAACGAGCAGCUGAUAGAGAUCGCUGCAGGAUUAGAAGCUUGUGGAACAAAUUUCAUCUGGGUUGUUAGGAAAAGCACAGGUGACGAAGAAGAAUGGUUACCAGAAGGGUUCGAAGAGAGGGUGAAAGGUAAAGGUAUGAUAAUAAGAGGUUGGGCUCCACAGGUGCUGAUACUUGACCACCAAGCAACCGGUGGGUUUGUGACUCAUUGCGGCUGGAACUCGCUUCUUGAAGGAGUGGCUGCAGGGCUACCGAUGGUGACAUGGCCAGUUGGAGCAGAGCAAUUCUACAACGAGAAAUUGGUAACGCAAGUGCUCAGAACAGGAGUGAGCGUGGGAGCAAAAAAGCAUGUUAGGAGUACUGGAGAUUUUAUUAGCAGAGAGAAAGUGGAUAAAGCGGUGAGGGAGGUGUUGGCUGGGGAAGAGAAAGUGGAUAAAGCGGUGAGGGAGGUGUUGGCUGGGGAAGAGGCAGAGGAGAGGCGGGGACGGGCAAAGAAGCUGGCGAAGAUGGCUAAAGCUGCCGUGGAAGAAGGAGGGUCUUCUUUCAACGAUCUAAACAGUUUCAUAGAAGAGUUUAGCUCAUAAUCAGCAAAGACAGAUUUGAAUAGCUGCAUUGAAGAGCUCAUCAGUGAGAGAUUGAAGAGUAGUUAGACUCUGCUUGGUCUACUUGUGCUACAAUAACAUACAUAUAUGUAUCAAAUACCAUUUGUCUUCA